AGCUCCACACGCUUUGAAGGAAGUUUGGUUUACCGUUCCCUCAUAAUUUACGAGAUUUUAUGUAUUAAAAUGGCUUUCCAAAGUAUAUCAACUUGCAGAUUCUGUUUAAGAUUAAUCGAAAGAAGUAGUCUAAUUAGCUUUCAUAGGUCUCCACUUCUGAAGAAGCUCAGGAUAGACCAAAGCUCAGCAUGGUUUGCUUCGCAGUUUUCAACAAACUCUAUGCAGUCGAAUAAAAAAAGCAAUGUUGAAGAAGCAGAAGAGGACCCUGAUAAGCCAUAUUCUUUUUCAAAGAGCAAAGCCGCUCACUGGACAGUCGAUAGGAGUUUUGGUUCCCAGUAUUCGCGUCCUUGGUGGAAAGUAGCUCCCGUCAGCCUGUCCCUUUUCGCCCUGGUGGCUUGGAUCUUUCUGAGGUCAGAGACGGAUCUUGAUCGACAGCUAGAUAUCAAGUUAAGCGAGAGAUUGCCGGAUCUGUUUCCACCUCCUGAAAUGGAAUCAAAUGAUAACGAAGCAGAUGUUGCUGAAGAUGCAAGAUGAUUUUUACUUCAUAUUGAACUGUGAAAUAUUCAGUGCAUUGUUGUGUAUGAGUUUCUGA